CUCAAUGUUGUAAUAAAACUAAUCCAAUAAUUCAGACCGACUGAUACCAAACUAAACUGAACAAUGCAGCAGAUGUUGAAUACAACAAACAGUGUACUUCUUCAGACUGUGCUUCUCUUAAUGAGCAAGAAUCUACAAGAUACAGGAACUACAAAUGAAGUUUUUCGACCAGAAGUACAUGAAAACAACACAGAAGAACUAUGCUAUAGCCCUUUUGGAUGUUACGAGAUGACCCACCCAUGGACAGAUGAAUUUCUGCGACCUGUGAGCCAUGUUCCAGAACCACCUGAAAAAAUAAAUCCAAAGUACUGCCUUUAUACAAGGCGUAAUGGGGAUAAUUGUCAGAAUCUGGAUAUCAUGGAUAAUGAUACUUUGUUCCGGUCUUACCUGAUGCCUGGUCACAGGAUCUAUUUCAUUAGUCAUGGCUUUUUAGAGAAUGGCCAUAAGGAAUGGAUAAAGAAAAUGACAAGGGAACUGUUGAACCUGUUGGACUGUAGUGUAAUAGUUGUUGACUGGAGUAGUGGCUCAGGCCCUCCUUACCCUCAAGCAGUUGCAAACAUCAGACUUGUUGGUGCCAUGACAGCCCACUUGAUAAAUAACUUGAUUGUGCAAGUCGGAAUACAACCAGAGCUUAUUCAUUUUAUUGGACAUAGCCUUGGUGCACACAUGGCUGCCUAUACAGGACAAACUGUACACAGAAACUUCAAAUACAGAUUGGGACGCAUUACUGGUCUGGACCCAGCAGAACCUCACUUCAGUAAGACAGAUCCAGUUGUUCGCCUGGACCCUACAGAUGCAGAUUUUGUGGAUGUAAUUCAUACAGAUGCUGGCCCGUUCAUCAGUGGUGGGCUGGGUAUCUUGCAGCCCGUUGGACAUGUGGAUUUCUAUCCUAAUGGCGGGAUUGAACAGCCUGGGUGUCGUGGAGGAGUUAUGUCAUAUAUGGCAAAAGAGAGUGGCAGCUUCUACAGAGGUAUUCGACAUAUGUUAGGUUGCAACCACAUACGAAGCUACCAGUAUUUCACUGAGUCUAUCAACCCAGGAUCUUGCUAUUUUAUGGGUACAGAAUGUGACUCUUGGGAGGAAUUUCAAAAUGGUUCUUGCUUUGAUUGUGUUACUGGCAACAAAUGUCCUUUCCAAACAAGGAUUGGCCUACAUGCAGAUACAUAUCUCAGGAAAGGAGUAGCAUAUGGCUCACCACUUAAUCUUCCACCACCACGGACUCAUGUCAAGUUGUUCAUGAUGACAGGAGCAGAUGGACCAUUCUGUCGUCAUCAUUACCGAGUUACUUGGAAGAUAUCUGAUUCAUGUAAAAGUUUACUUCAUGGAGGAGAAGUUGGAAUGAUCUGGGUUACUUUACGAGGAGAAAAGGGAGUUACCAAGGGCAUUGAAUUAACAAAAACUGUACAGUAUUAUGAACCAGGGAGUAAGCAUCAAGUCAUAGUGCCUGGAGAUCCUGUUGGGAAACUGCAACAUGUCAUACUGCAGUGGGAAUACCGCACAAACCCUCUGAAUCCACUGACAUGGAGAAUCUUCAUCACACCUCGCAUCUAUAUUGGCUGGAUGCAGGUAGAGAGUAUAGAGGAGAGAUACGGUUUGACAGUCUGUCCUGAAGAUGGAGUACCUCUUCUUACAAGGAAACCAUUGAAGCUUAGUGGUAAAACAGGGCAAGACAGCUGUAAUCUCAAACCAACACAGAAACAAAAAUCAGAGUGUUUAGAUGCUGUCCGCUAAAUGUUUCCAAGUUAAGGAAGGAUCUCAAUCAGUAUCAGAAAAACCACCGCUGCUCGAAUAUAAGUGAUACCUAACAGUUGGUUUCCACUGGUGAAAGACGUCUGCAAUUAGUUCUCAACCUUUAUUAUAACAGUUGCACUAACAGGUUUGUAUAAAUCACAAGAAGUACCAUCUAAAAGAUAAGCUAUCAGGAAUGUUAUUUUAAUUGUUUGGAGCAAGAAGCAAAAUGGGUUAAAUGAUCCCACAUGCAGCCAUUGGAAACCAACCAACCAAUUCUGUGCCAUAAAAAUAAUAGUUAUAUGUUGGCUGGUCACAUAUGCUUUUUGAUUGUUCUGAACAAUCUGCAUUAAACAGUCUUCCUACUAUGCAGCUCAUAAGUCUAGAAAAUCCAAUUUUUGUUGUUACUUAUAAAGACAUGCCAUUCAAAAAUAUUCCCCAGUAGUUUAUUAUCAGAUUUAUGUAUGUUUAAAAUAAGUCACUAUCCAAGAAUAUGAAUGAUAAAUCAUAGUCAAAAUUGUGCGAUUAAAAUCACUUAGUGGUAGAAGAGAUCUUUUCAGAAACCACAUUAUGCUGCAAGCCUAUAUUGCAUUGCUUGUUCUUUACUUUCCAAAUUGUGUGUAACAUGUUAUGAAAUACAUUCAAUUUAGUGAUAUUCUUCACCUGUAUGAUCUGUCAAAUGAGGUAAAUUCUUUAAUGGACUUCAUAUGCACUAAAAAUACAUCUAUGAAAUGCAAAGAAUGUAUAUCCAGGUGGCGUCCAGAAUGUUCUGUACAUCUCAGUUAAAUAGUAAAACAAAACUGUUCAUUCUUUAAAUAUUAUAACUUUACUAUAAUUUGUAGUCACAAAUUUCUACCUGUUCACUCAAAGAUUUCUAAUGUAAAGUUAUCUUUAUAUGGUACAUUAUGUCACAUCUGUGAAGGCUGUGGAUUAAAGAAUGAAAAACAAUAAAAUUAUUGCAUGUAAAGGUACAGAGCUUCAAAUUACAUUUAAGUCAGAUAACAGAAAAUUUGGAACUAAUUGUUUAGGAGCAUAUUUGGACCUAAGAGUGAGUAAGGAACAGGAGGAUGGAAAACUACACAAUGAGGAGCUUCACAGUUGUUAUUCUUUAUCAUAUAUUACUGGGGUAAUCAAGGAGAAUAAAAUAAGAACAACAUGUAGAAUAUGAGGGAGAUGAUAAAUGCUUACAAAAUUGUUAUUGGGAAAUCUGAAAAAUCUAGGAGAAGUAGGCAUAAACAGGAUGAUAAUAUUAAAAUAGAUCUCAAAGGAAUGAGGCGUAAAAGUGUUGAAAUUAGCUCAGGAUAGGAUCCAGUGCCACACUCACUUGAACAUGAAAAUGAAUUUCUAAUCUCAUAAUAGACAGGGAAUUCCUUCAGUAGCUGAAUGACUUUCAGCUUCACAAGAAAGAGACUGCCCAUGAAGUUAGUUGGUUAUUUAGACAGAUUAUUAGUAGUUUCAUAUGCUUAUAUGACAUUUACAAUUCUGAUUUCAUACUGUGUACCUUUGGCUAGUAUAUUAUAGAGAUAAUUCAAACAUUAUCAUAGAUUGUAUGUCCAUUUAUGUAAGCUAAAAUCUGUGUGAGAAGCUGACUGAUGUAUGCAGAAACGCAUAAAAAACUAUUCAAAUAAUGAUCUUCAUUACUUUCUCAACUUCUUGAUCAUAGAGUGUAUGUCCAUUUAUGUAAGCUAAAAUCUGUGUGAGAAGCUGACUGAUGUAUGCAGAAACGCAUAAAAAACUAUUCAAAUAAUGAUCUUCAUUACUUUCUCAACUUCUUGAGAUGUGUGUUUUUAUUUCCCCAGCAUAAAUUAAAAGCACUCACCUCUUCUUUCUGUCUAUGUUAGGUAUAAAUGCCAUAUUUUCUUUUUCUCUUUCCAAGGAUUUAGCAAACGAAAGUAGUUGAGAAUACAACAGGUAUUACAAUUUUUAGAUCAUAAUCAGCUCUCUUAAACGUUGCAGACAGCUGUAUUUACGAUUAUUAUAUAAUCAAUGCAAUAAAAUUCUGUAUUAUAUGAUAUAUAAACUACAUAUAGUUAGCCCUUGUCACAUACCGUAUAUGGACAAAGGAAAACGAAGUAAAUUUAUAUUUACAAUUUACUUUUGUCAGUGUGACUACUUUGGUGUAGAUAUUAGUACUUACAGUAUCACAGAUAUCUUAGAUACAAACCUCUUAGAUUUUAUAUAUUUUCCUAAUAAUCACAUGAUCAGUGCUAGAAUUAAAUGAACCAGACAGUGGGAUAUUUUUACAUUUUUCUUGUACUGUCCAUAACUUACAAAAUUAACUUAAUCCUGGAUCCAGAUGGACUGGAUUAUAAAUCAGUCUGAGCAUAGAAGCAUGUAAUAAAAAGGUACAAUUUUCCCUGUGCUUAACUAAUUAAGCACUAUGCCAUGAAGGCAUAUGGGGGAGUAGAUACAUAGAUCCACAUU